AUGCAUUUGGUGCUUUAUGAAGGUGAGGAGCUGCAGCUCGUCAGGGAGGCUCUGCGCAGUCUGAGGGACAGUUUCUCGGGUCACGACCCCCAGCAUCACACCCUGGACACCCUGGAACAGGGCGUGGCCAGUCUCAUGGACCGACUGCACUCCUUGGACAUCCAGCGGAGGCAGGACAGAGGGCAGGAAUUUAAAUCACCGGGACGCAGAGCCAACUUAACAGACCGUGACUCCUGGCCGCCCAGCUCUAAAAUGGCACACUCGCACAGCAGUCCGGGAUUAGACGCUGCCGUCUCCACUAAAGUGCUUUACUUCACAGAUCGCUCACUCACCCCGUUUCUGAUUAACAUCCCAAAAAGGCUGGGGGAAGUGACACUGCGAGACUUCAAGGCUGCUGUAGACAGACAAGGCAAUUUCAGAUACCACUUCAAGGCCCUGGACCCAGAGUUCGGCACGGUGAAAGAAGAGGUGUUUCAGGAUGGCGCGGUCGUGCCUGGCUGGGAGGGGAAGAUUGUAGCGUGGGUGGAGGAGGACCAUGGAGAGCGGAGGUAGAGCCUCAAACGCCAGAGAUCACCGCUACGAACCUCGGUUGUUCCAGCUGGAUCAAGACUCCUCUGAGAAUACAUGCGAUGCCAUAUGAAGGAGCAGCUAUUACAAAACUAACUGGGACCAAUGACGAUAGCACCUUUGAAUUCAAAGGAAGUAAAAUGUGAAUGUUUCAUACCAAGAAAUUAACCAGACAUCUGACUGCUUUCUUUAAUGUAAUUCAUAUCGUCUGCAGCUUGAAGAUGAAUAUGUGAAACUGCAGUUUAUUGGUCAGUAAAGCGAUACUUGAAGGUCUGGACUGUAAAAAUUUUAAUUUUACAAUAAGGCUGUGAUCUGUGCAUUGUGUGCAAAAACCUCAAUAUCAAGAAGUGUUUACUGACAUUUUUCACAAGUUCUACGUUGCCAAAUGUUGUUGUUGUUGUUCAUCUGCAUCAACUUUGAUGUUUUAAUAAAGAUAAAUUAUUG